GGGGACCUGUUGACGCACUAGUCUUUUGCAGUGCUACUCCAGUGUGUUCAGGAAACGUCACUAAAUCCAAGGAAAAUUUCUAACCAUUUCUCUACAAACAGCUGCUUCUCAGAGUCUGUACAAAAUCUAUAAAAUGUUUGCAUAGGCUAUUGGCAUAUUUUGUUGUGGUAUAUUUUGUCAUUAUGAGAUGUCGUCUCUCAGUGCUUCAUUUGUGCAAAUUAAAUUUGAUGACUUGCAGUUCUUUGAAAGCUGUGGCGGAGGGAGUUUUGGGAGUGUUUAUCGAGCCCGAUGGAUAUCACAGGACAAAGAGGUGGCUGUAAAGAAGCUGCUCAAAAUAGAGAAAGAGGCAGAAAUACUCAGUGUGCUCAGUCACAAAAACAUCAUUCAGUUCUAUGGAGCUGUUAUAGAACCUCCUAACUAUGGCAUAGUUACAGAAUAUGCUUCUGUUGGCUCAUUGUAUGAUUACAUUAAUAGCAACAGAAGUGAAGACAUGGAUAUGGAGCAUAUGAUGACCUGGGCAACUGACAUAGCUAAAGGAAUGCACUAUUUGCAUAUGGAGGCUCCGGUCAAAGUAAUUCACAGAGAUCUGAAGUCUAGAAAUGUUGUUAUAGCUGCUGAUGGAGUAUUAAAGAUCUGUGAUUUUGGUGCUUCAAGGUUUCACCACCAUACGACACACAUGUCCUUGGUGGGUACCUUCCCCUGGAUGGCUCCAGAAGUUAUCCAGAGUCUCCCAGUGUCUGAAACAUGUGACACGUAUUCAUAUGGUGUGGUUCUCUGGGAGAUGCUAACAAGGGAGGUCCCCUUUAAAGGCUUGGAAGGAUUACAAGUAGCUUGGCUUGUAGUGGAAAAAAACGAGAGAUUAACCAUUCCAAGCAGUUGUCCCAGAAGUUUUGCAGAACUGAUGCAUCAGUGUUGGGAAGCUGAUUCAAAGAAAAGGCCAUCUUUCAAGCAGAUCAUUUCAAUUCUGGAAUCCAUGUCCAAUGACAGUAACCUUCCAGACCAGUGUAACUCAUUCCUGCAUAACAAGGCAGAGUGGAGAUGUGAAAUUGAAGCAACCUUAGAGAGGCUGAAGAAACUGGAGCGUGAUCUGAGCUUUAAAGAGCAAGAGCUCAAGGAACGGGAGAGACGUUUGAAAGUAUGGGAGCAGAAGUUAACAGAACAGUCCAAUACUCCUCUUUUCUUACCUAUUGCUGCAAGAAUGUCUCAGGAGUCUUACUUUGAAACUAAAACAGAGGAAUCAAACAGUGCAGAGAUGUCAUGUCAGAUCACAUCAACAAGUAACGGGGAGGUAGCUGGCAUGAACCAAAGUCUGCAGGCCUUGAUGAUGAAGGGCUUUGGGGGUAUCUUCUCUAUGAACCAAGCAGGAUCUGUCCUGCAUUCUGGAAUGCAGAUAAACAUGCAAGCCAAAAAGAAUUCUUCUAAAACCACCUCUAUGAGAAAGGGGAAGAAAAUCAACAUGGCUGUGGGUUUCAGAGAAUUUGACUGGUCAGAUGAUGAUGAAGAUGAUGAUUUUGAUGAUACAGAUGAUUCUAGUGAAUGAAAUUAGAAAACUAAUUACAUCUAAAAUUGGUUUCUAGCAAAUAAAAGCAAUAAAGUUUCAGAAAAAUCAUCCUGUCAUUUUGGUCUGUUUUAAACCCUGUAAAAGAAACAAAAGCAAAAACACUACAUUUUUCUAGGCCAGUCAUAUUUGUAUGUUAAAAAUCUAUCUUGUUGGUUUUUAGAUUGUGUUGACCUAUUUUUGCUUUGCUGAAAUUUGGAACAAAAAUUUCAAAACAAAUUGAGGUUUUUAAAACCCACAAAAUAUAGCUGCAGCUCAAAUUUAUGCUGUAAUAUUUGGUGUCUGAUUACAGAAACUUCUGUGGCUGAAUAUGUUUAAGAUCUGAAAACAAUGGGGGAACUUAAACACCUAUUUUACUUAAACAUACAUCCAUUACUUUUCUUUUUGUUUUUGUAGUUUUCUUUACCUGUUUUAUUGUUGAUCAUAUGAACAUAUUUGUGUUUCCAUGUGGGCUUUUCCUAUACAAUCCAUUCUUUCUGACUGCUACAGUGAAGUUGUUUUGCUAAAUUUGUGAUUUCUCAAUCAUUUUCAAGGCAAUAUCCUGUGAUAUCAUAAAUACAUUACUAAGAAGGCUAAGCAGGGUUGAGAAAAAUAAAGCCCUUUCAAACUACAGUUUAAGAAACAGCAAUUGAAUACAGACAAUCACUGGUAAUAGAUAAUUUGUAUAAAUGUUCUUUUCUCUCUUUCUCUUUAGUUUGUGAAAUUCACUCUUUAGUACAGUCACUUACAAUAAAACCUCACCACCUAAUUGCAUUGUGGUAGUCUACAAGCUCACUGGUUUUCUGUUACAUGCGUGUAAAUCCAGGAAAUCUCAUUAACUUUGAUGGCUUUACUCUGGAUUUAUUCCGGUUUUGCUGAGAGCAAAAUUGGUCUUAGGUUAUUUACAGCAAUUUUUUAUUUUGCUGUAACUAUUAAACCAUUUAUCACUGUCCUUUCCAGAAUAGGGGAGAGAGAUACAUUUUAAAAGUGUUUGAGCCCUCCUACUGUGGCUUAAGCUAAAUUCUCAGUGAUGACAUGAAGAAUAUUCUCUAAAGUUUAAAUAUCCAUUUUUCUGCUGUGAAAUCAUUUUAAAAAUAUUGCCACUGUUAUUAUGAUUCAUCCUAAAAUUGAGUACAUAAGUAUCUGUUGCAGUAAUUACCCCACAAACACUCUGCCCGGAACAGUGAAUGUAUUUUCCUGAUGAACUCUUUGGUGGUGGCACAGAAAGAGAGAAGGAAACAGAUACAUUCACACCUACAGGUGCAGAAGAUAGGCCCAUUGUAAAACGUUUGCCAAAUAAAGAAGGGCAAAAAUUUUAAAGAAAAGGGUUACUUUCAUAUUCAGUUGGAUUUGAGGGGAUAAUUAAAUUCCUAAGUGUCAUGUGUUGAUAGUGUUUCUCUCAUGAAAAAUGGUGAUUAAUGCUGUUUAAAUACCUUAGAAAGUAGAAUCAUUACAUGAUAGCAGGUCUGAAGCUGGAUCUCCAAGAGUUUGGAACAUUAUAUUCUACUAUUUAGAAAUAAGAGAAAAAAUUCUUGAGAAGUUUUAAAAUUAGCUUUUCUAGGGUGACGAGUGCAAUUUUUCCUCAUGUAAGGCCCAGUGCUGUUCUGGUCACCUGCAAAGCACUCAGUGCUUUCAACAAUGCUUGAGUUCAACUGGAUCUCAGCACCUCACAGGACUGGGCCCUUAACUGUAUGAAAUGUAUAGAAUUUGAGCCAGGUUCCACCCUCUUGCUAGCAGGUUCAAGUCCAUUGUCUUUGUGAUAUCUGGGGCAAUUUUUUCAUGCUAGUAAGAAUUUGUCAUUUCAACACUGAACAAUGCAAUAUGUUCUUAUUAGGAUAAUUUGCUAUAUCUUGUCCAAGUGAAAUUUGCUCCUACAAUAUCAGUGGUAAUAGCAUUUUAGGAGCACUAAGCAAAGUGACUGAGGGUGUGGAGAGGGACAGAAUAGAAAAGGGGCAACAAAUUAAAUGGAAAUGGCAGCAAACAAGCUACUUCCAAAUGCAGAUUUGUAUUGUUUUUUAAGUCUGCACCUGCUAACAGCUACCGCAGCAACGUUAUUUUUAUAACCACUAUACUACAGGCAGGAAAAAUUGAAGGAUUUGUAUAAUCUAAUAUGUAUCUAUGUUAAACUACUGUACCAUAUUUCUAGUGUAGAGUUGCACAGCUGUAACUGAAGUCAAAAUUGAACCCAGUAUGUUUAGAAAUGCAAAAACAAAAAUAUCUCUUCUUAGCACUGAUACUGAUACUUUGCACUUUUAAAGCACCUAAUAAUCUCAAUGCACUUUAUAUACAUACGUGUUGGUUUUAAUUAGAUGUUCAAAUCCACUUCUUGAUUUAAAUCUUCACCUAAUAAAAUAUUCCAACACUACUAUAUCACAUCACUUUUUUGUUGAGGACAGAUAUUCUCAUGCAUCUCUUAUUAAAGUGAAUAGGAGUUACUUGAGCAUAAUAAAUGGAAUAAUUUGGCAUCUUGUACAUAGAGAGCAGAGCUGGUAAAAAUAAUUUAAAUUUAAUUUGUCAAUGAAAAACAAGGACAACAUUUUCAUGAAUUGUCUCUAUUUUUUAGCCAACUCUAAUAAAGAUCUAUUGAGAAAUAAAGAAAUAACUCUCCAAACAUUUACUUUCAUGUUCAAAGUAGAAAGGUCCUAGAAUUGUUGUAAAAGAAAGAUCUACUAAGCUCAAGGCUUUUCCCAAACUUUCCUGUUGUGAUUCCUUUAAAGUACGGUUAUAUUCAAAAUAGUAGCUUCGCUUACAAAAUGACAUUGUGGAGGUCUAUUUUUUUAUUCUUCUAUAAUGACUGCCAUACCAAAUGUGUUCAGUUUACAAGUCACAAAUAAAUUGUGCUUGACUAUCCAGCUAUGUUGUUUCUGCCUCAAACAUCCUCACUAUAUUUUAAAUUUGAAAGUUAUGGAGGCAAAACAAAACCGUUUUGAUCUUCCACCGUUGAUUUUGCUCUGCAGUGCUAGCAGGAUUAAACUUGUUUUUUUAAUCUAUCUAGAUGUCCAAACACCAAAGGGUCUACAAUAGUUGCUAAUAAUAGUUAACAGUUACAUAGCAUGUCACAUGAUCAAAGUAUUAACCCAGGGCCCUAUGAGGCAGAUAAGGUGAAAUGUUGUUAUCCUAUUUCACAGCUGGGGAAGCUGAUACAGAGAAGUUAAAGGCCAAAUCUGAACUUCUAGUUUUUACUCAGUCAUUAUACUUAAACUAACACUGGCUUUAGUGGGACUUAUUUCCUGACUUGAGGAACUCCGAGUUUAGCCCUUUUAUUUACCCAAAGCCACAUAGUGAGCUGGGAUUAGAACUCAGGAUUUCCUGACUCCGAACCCAGUUCUCAUUCUUUCAGACUUGGAAAAGUUGCAGGGACUAGAUAUGCUGAGUAAGACUAUUUUAAUGUAGUCACUUUUCUAACUGUAAUAAUACUAAUGCUUUAGAAUAGCAAUUGCUCUGAGAUCUAAUGCUUAGAUCUGAGGACUUAGUUUCAGGGCUUAUAUUGUUUGUGGAGUGUUUGGAUAUGCUUGAUCAGCUGGCUAUAUUUGUUAGUUGUAAUACUUGGACUUAGUCUCCUCUAGAUGCUGGGAAUUUUUGAGACAUGAGAUCUGAAGUAGCUCUUCGGCACAUGGUCAUGUUCUUGACUUGUUGUUCAUUUAUCAUUGCAGUAUUUUAUUAGAUUUUGAUUUCAUUUCAUUGUAGAUCUUAAAGCAGUUAUUCUAAUUAAAUAUUGAUACGUUAAUGAUUUAUAUUGCUAUCAGCAGCAGUAAAUCCACAGCACGCAUAAUAAAGCUAAUAAGUAACUAGCAAAGUUACUGUACAUCUUUAGUAAGCUAUUUUCUGUUUUUGCAAUAAGGCAGCUUUUACAGGUUUUUAAUAAGACCUCCGACUUGAUAGAGGUUUAAUUACAGGCCAAUAGAGAAUCCAUUCUGUUCUUCCAACUUUCAUGUAGCAAAAUAAGGUCACAGGACAUGCAAUAAUUUUUACAGUCCUUAAAUAUACCAAUAGAAAUCUGGAGAGGAAUGCACUUUUCCCCCCUGACUUCAACGUAGUGCACACUAUGAAGUCUGUAUAGAGGUUUCUGGUGUGUGAAGAUUUAGUUUCAGGACUGUAGUAUCAACAACCUACAUUAAACAUUUUACGUUGUGUGCAAAAUAUUCUGCUGACUUUUAAAGUCAGAUAUAGUCCACUGCAUUUUCUUGCUUUUGCACUCUUUAAAAAGUUUUGUACUGAAUACUAGGAAAUGAUUCUAUUUAUACUCCAAGUGUGAGCAAAUGAAAUUUUAAUAGAAAAUAUUUUCAGUGUUAGAAAACUUCAUCCCUUCCUACUGAAAUACUAUGCUGAACAAAACCUGUGCCAAAAUUAUUGUGGUGUAAACUGACUAGCUAAUUUGUAUGGAACAUGCAAUGUUACACCCUCUUGUGGUAAGACCUUUCAGUAGUCAGUUGUUUUCUUCACCGCACUUAACAUGUGAUGUCUUGCUUUGUUCACAGUAUGGAUUUGGUUUUCCAGGUUUAAAAAAAAAAAUGUAAUGUAUUCAAUUUUCUCAGUUGGUGUCAUGAACUUGAUUUUGAUGUGAAGUUUUUUCCUUUGCUUCUCUUUGUUCCAAACUUCUAUUUUGCAAUAAACAUUUUGACAGUAAA